GCCCCUAAUGGGAGAAGCCGAAAGAAGAAGACGAAGCAAUCUCUAAAAGUAAACGUGUCCCCCUAGUGGUCGAAAAUAUUUAAAACAAGAAACUUAGAGGAACAGAGGUCCUAAUCAACUCCAUGUAACUUAAUUUGGACCUAACCUGGGGGGAGGAGUGUGUAAAAAAAUAAAAAAUAGAGCCUUGAUUGUAGAUAAAUUUUAUAUGAUUCUGUAGGCCUUCUAAAAAUGAAAACUCAAAAAAAUAAGCUCAUAGAGCAGAGGAAGUUACAUCAGAUAUAAUGGGCAGGCCUAGGAAAGAUAAUCAUUAGGCAAGAAAGCUUAAAAAAUACUUAAUUAAAAUACUUAAAUAUACAUGAGAAAGUAAGACACAGGUGACAGUAAUGACUCAGACCCGUUUGACAAUAUAAAAAAAAAAAGAAAAAUCUGAAAUGGAAAAUAUUUAUUAUCAGUAUUGAGCCUUCAACUGCAUCGUUUUAUAAAAGGUAAGUGAUGAGAUGUUUUGUAUUUUUCUCUUAAAUUUGCACUUGAAUGCUGUGAUUGCAUAAGAUGCUGCUUUUUACCACUUAAAGAGAAAAGAAGAAUAAAAAAAAAAACAGUUGUGGUCAGAGAACUUCCGCUCUCCAGCAUCUAAAACAUAACUGAAGUGUUUCCUGACUGAAGCACAACGAUCUCAGAGUGCUGCUGAACCGUGUUCCAGCUACAGCAUGAAGACUGUUCUUUUGUUCUAUCUUCUUGUGUGCUGUGGAGCUGAUAUAAAUUUCACAGAGAAGUUGGUGGAUUUGGGACAAAAUGUGACUUUACAGUGUGAAGUGGCUGUAAGACAUGUGUCCUGGUUCCUGAUGAAGCCGUCAGAACCUCCAGUGUAUGUUUUACGCUCUUACUCAAGUAAAAUUCUGGUGCCACAUUACAGUAACCGGACCUUCAGCAAGAUUUUCUCACUGCAACAAAACAGCAGUUUAUUUAUACACAAUAUCAGUACUAAUGAAUUAGGAGUGUAUCAUUGUAUUCAUUGUGGUUCACCUCCUAACAUCAGCCGUGGAAUCAGACUUUACACCCAGAAUCAUGCAGCUGGCUGCUUGGAGAAUUUACACACUUCAGGUUUAAAAAAUCAGACGAGUAAACCUGACCAUCAGCAGAGUGAAGAGAAUGGAUUGACCCUUUUGCCGUUUCUCAUCGUAUCAGUAAUAAUAAACUGCACUCUGGUCAUCACAGUUACAGUUUUUGUGGGCCGUUGCUGCCGAAGGCCUCCGAAAACCCGAGAGCAGCCUUCAGAUCCAGGCGUACAGUCGGGUCAGAACAGCGCCGAGCUCGUGUACUCACAGGUGAAGUUCGUCUCGAAUAAAAAACGCGCCAAGACCAAGAACCUCAACAGCACGUACGCUCUCCUACACCUCCCGAACCAGUGAAUCCCGAGAGAUCUCCGAGUGAUCCCUAAAUGAUCUCCAGAGAUCCCCAGAUAUCCCCGAGUGAUCCCCAGAGAUCCCCGACUGACUCCACACAACAUAUGAACUUUAUAAAAUGUAUCUUGUAGAAGCUUCAUUUCUUCUGCUAUGUAAAAGACGAUUCGUUUAACGGAAGUAAAUGUAAAUAAAUGUAUUAAGAAAAUUUCAGACGAUUUGAUCCAAUAGAACAAACUGAUCAAAAUUAAUCCAAAAGAAACUAAAUGUAUCUUUUUUAGAUUGUUUUUACUCCUUACUAUUACGAACAUCGACCAUUUUGCUUAACGUAUUGUAACGUUUUUUUUGUGGUGUCGCGUGUCGUCUGGCUCGUCCCGAAAAAUUUCCCAUAAUGCACUUAGAAGCUUUUCAGAAUGUAAACUGCACAGUUACGCUGCAUUUCAGUUCAGACAGAGUUGGAAGUUCAGGAAGUUGAAAAUCGUGUCACUUCCUUACCGACAACUUGACGAGAAAACCACAGACUGCUGCAUGCCAUCGGACUACAAUGAGUGUUUAAAUGUAAAGGUUUACGACACGUAAGUGUGUGUACGUUGACUAAUCUGUAGCAAGCAUUUGUAUAUUUCAUUAUGACUCGUGUGAAGGGAAGAACAUCAGGGCAUUUUGACACGACGCUCCUUGUUGGACUCUGAGUGCAGGAGCUCCAUUCUGAUUUGAGGGAGGGGUCUGUCGUUUUUUCCUGAUUAAGAGCUAUAAAGUUAUAACCUGUUGUUCGAAUGCAGCUUUCGGAAAACGCUUACAAUAAUCUAAAGUUCUACUAAUAUUGCUCUAUUCUACUCACAAAUCUUACAAAUAAAAGCUCAUUGUCUCAA